UCAUCUGUUUUUGAAAAGAAACCAAUAAAUAUUAUCAUAUUUAAAUUUCAUCUUCAAAAUUUAGCAUUAAAAGUCAUUUGGCAACCAAAUCUUUCAAAUUAAUCCAAAUUUUAAUCACUAACAAGAUGUUGAUGCAAUCAAAUGGAAUAAAGCAAUUGUUCACAUAGAGUUCGGUACCAGUGUGUGUCAACAAAAGCAGAAGAUACAACAACAACAACAACAACAACAACAAGAAAAACAAAACAAAAAUGAACAAUAUACCGCAAAGUAAACACUAUAAUUUAACACAUUACCAACAGCGCUACAACUGGGAUUGCGGUAUAUCCUGCAUAUUGAUGAUAUUGUCCACCGCACAGCGCAAACAGUUCCUCAACAAUUUCGAGAGCAUCUGCAAGGAGGAGGGCUUCGGCGUCAGCACCUGGACAAUUGAUCUAUGCUAUCUUCUGCAGCGCUACAAUGUGCGACACGAGUACUAUACUCAAACACUUGGAAUCGAUCCUAACUACAAGAAGCACAUGUAUUAUACGCGCAUUAUUGACAAGGACGAGAGGCGCGUGCUGCGUCGCUUCAAGGAAGCCAAGGCGCGUGGCCUCAGCGUCGAGAAGCGCACAGUGGGCAUGCCUGUAAUCGUUUCGCAUUUGGCGCGUCAUGGGCCAAUUAUAUUACUGACAAAUGCCUCGCUGCUUGUCUGCGAGAUCUGCCGCAAAACAAUACGGGACAGAUUUGGGUAUGCGGGACACUAUGUGGUGCUCUGCGGCUAUGAUAUAACCACGCGUAAGCUGUUUUAUCACAAUCCGGAAGUACGCGACGGUCAUGUUUGCCGCUGCUUUUCUGGUGCAAUGGACAACGCUCGUGUUGCCUUUGGCACCGAUCAGGACAUCAUAUUCAUUUAUGAGAAGACGAAUCGCAAAAAGUAGAUAUCAAGUGCUCGGCGAUGCCAUGGCCGAUGCAGUAGUACCUGCCCAGCAGUUUCCAGAGUUGUUGUUGUUAUAUGGAGCUGCGCGCCUAUGUGAUAUUUUUAUUAGGCAUGGGAUCUGAUUCUGCUAGGCUGGGCCUCUCGCCUCAAGUAUCUAAAGAUUGCGUUGCCGCAGUUUUCACCAGCUAACUAUUAUUAUAUAUAUUUUUAUAUUAUAUUAAAUAUAAGCUACGAUUUUUUUAUAUUUUUUCUUUUCUUUUGUUUCUGUAUUUGCUGUAAAAUUGUAACCUUGUUAGAUAAGUUGUUAUGCAUUUUAUAUGUGUUUGCUUGAGUUUGUUGUUAUAAUGUUUAUGCUUUAGUUUAACAAUUUAUUGUUAUUUAGUUUAACAGUUGGUCCCCAUUCAAAAACAACAACAA